UAUAGAACACCCAGCCUGAUCCUCUUUGUACCCACAUCAAGUCAGAAAGCCAGAAAUACGGUGGAAGAGAUAAGAUGUAUACACGCAUGGCUAGAUAGAUAGACAGAGAUCAGACGCUGUGUACGUGAGCUUUCAGAGGAAAAUGGGAACUGGGUUUUGUACAAAACUGGGAAAAACAUGGGCCAAGGCGGAGAAGGGUUUAAACGACGCCGUUUCUAGGAGUUUCGUCGGAAAAUACUUCAAGUUACAGGCCAGAAAGACUUGCUUCACCAAGGAGCUCCGCGCCGCCACCGCCACGUUUCUCACCAUGGCUUAUAUCCUCACCGUCAACGCCACCAUUGUCUCCGACUCCGGCGGCACCUGCUCCCUAUCCGACUGCACGCCUCCGGGGGGGCCGGACUGCGUUGUCAAGCCGAACUCCGGCUACGAGACCUGUCUCGCGAGGAUCAGAAACGACCUCGUGGUGGUCACUGCGUUGUCCGCUAUGAUCGGCUCGUUUUCCAUGGGUGUAUUGGCGAAUUUGCCCCUGGCUGUGGCUCCAGCCAUGGGCCCAAAUGCUUACUUCACUUACGACUUAGUGGGCUUCCAUGGAACUGGGUCCAUGACGUACGGAACUGGGCUCGCCGUUCUCUGUGUCGAGGGGUUAGCGUUUAUCUUCUUAUCGGCCUCUGGCCUGAGGGCUAAGGUAGCCCGGUUGAUCCCCCAGUCAGUUAGGCUCGCAUUUGCCGCUGGCAUUGGACUGUUCAUUGCUUUUGUGGGCCUCCAGGCCCACCAGGGGGUGGGCCUUGUUGGUCCUGAUCCAUCCACAUUGGUCACCGCGGCCGCCUGCGCGCAUACCGACCCAGUAACCGGCGCGUGCGUCGACGGGAAGAUGCGGAGCCCUACGUUUUGGCUGGGCAUGGUGGGGCUUGUGAUUACGUGUUAUGGGCUAAUGAAGGAAGUGAAGGGUAGUAUGAUAUAUGGAAUACUGUUUGUGACCCUGAUUUCAUGGAUUAGAGGCACUGCAGUUACAUAUUUUCCUCACACCAAGGUUGGUGACACCAAAUUCAACUACUUCAAGAAAGUAGUGGAUUUCCACAGAAUAGAAUCCACGGCUGGGGCCAUAAGCUUUACUAAUUUUAACAGAAGUGAGGUCUGGGUGGCCCUAAUGACGUUAUUGUACGUGGAUGUGCUCGCCACCACAGGGAUACUGUACACAAUGGCUGAGCUUGGGGGCUUUGUGGAUGACAAGGGAAGCUUUGAGGGUGAAUACAUGGCGUACUUGGUUGAUGCAGGGACGACAGUUGUGGCAUCCACGCUCGGGGGAUCUCCGGUUGCAACGUACGUGGAGUCAUCGGCGGGGCUGAGGGAAGGCGGGCGGACAGGGCUGACAGCGGUGAUUGUAUCGUUUUAUUUCAUGCUGUCGUUGUUUUUUACUCCAUUGUUAACCAGUGUACCUCCAUGGGCAAUAGGGCCAUCACUGGUGAUGGUUGGGGUGCUGAUGAUGAAGGUGGUGAAGGACAUAGAGUGGGGUAACGUGAAGGAUGCAGUGCCGGCUUUUGCUACCAUGGUCCUCAUGCCACUGACUUAUUCCAUAGCAAAUGGGAUUAUAGGCGGAGCUGGAAUCUACAUUGUGCUGAGCUUGUAUGAUUAUGUUGUGUGGGUGGUGAGGAGGGCGGCCAAGAUGAGAAGAGAGAAAAAUCAAGUGUCUGCUGCAGGUGGUGGAGGUCAAGAUGUGGAAAUGACUUAAAAUUAAGUUCUUUUUUUUUUCCGGGCUAUAAAUAUGUUACCUUGUAAAUUUAGAACUGGGUUUCCUUUGGCUGUUGGGAAGCUUUGAGGGAUAAAUUUUUCUAUUCUCACUUCCAAUAUUAAAUCAGUUCAUCUUACA